UUAUGAUAGAUGUUGCAAGAGUUGUCAAGCUUUUUAAAAAAUAGAAAAAUAAAUAAGUUAUUUUGGCUCCACUUACAGUUUUGAAUGAUUCAAAAAUGGCGGAGUCAAGCAAAGUGAGGUUGGUUAGGUGUCCAAAGUGUGAAAACCUUCUUCCGGAGCUCGCUGAUUAUUCGGUUUACCAGUGCGGUGGUUGUGGCGCUGUUCUUCGAGCGAAAAUCAGGAAUCUCAAUGGCGAUACUUUCUCCAAUGACAAGUCGGAAGAAUACAGGCUUGGCAGAGUUUCUAACAAAUCACAAACUUCCUUGGAGAAAGGAGAAGUAGACUUGGGUAAUGCUUCUGAUGCAGAUGUUAAAUCAAAUGCUGAUGAUGUUGAGUGCUCUGAUAGAAGUAUGAAUGAACCUAAGGUUGCUGGUGGUGAUAAAUGGUCUGUUGAAAAUGCAAAUAAUAUUAGCAGGAGCAAGGAUGAAAUAGUGAAUUCCAUUGGAAGAGAACAGGAAAUGGAUUCGAAUUUUGGAUAUACUGGUGGAUCACAAAGAGUGGGACAGAUGUCUGGUUGGCAAGCUGGGAAGCGAGAAAAGAUGGUGCAGUUUCAAACAAUUUCAAGAUCUUUUGUCGAAGGUGUGUCGUUUUCUACCUCGAAACAUCCAGAUGAAGGCCAAUCAAGCCAUAAUUUGGAUUCUUCUUACGGAGAAUCAUUGCAAAAUCGAAUUGACCUGGAUGGUUCUGGUGGAAUUCAUCUUGAACAAGGUCGAGCUGAGCUUCUGAGGAAACUAGAUGAGCUGAAGGAGCAACUUAGUCGGUCUUGUGAUGUGGUUGAUAAACCAAAAGAGAAGGUUGUUCCUCCAGAGUCUUACGGUGGCGGUGAAAGCUGGUUACCAAAUGGUUCUUCGGGAUUGCGGAAGCCAUCAAUUCCUUUCUAUGGACCUGAUAAGCGUGCUGCAGAAGUAGGACCCUCUUAUUUUAGCUAUUUCCCAGAACCAUUUGCUUAUCCUGUUGAGCAUGAUAUGACUCGGCACGGGAUGUAUCCUCCGAUGCAUAAUCCGAAUCACAUUCCUCCGUAUGGAGAUCCUUUUGGAUCCAAAAUGCUUGGAAGAGCCCCGCACCAGUUCCCUGGAGAGUACCAACGGCCACAUCAUCCAUACUUUUCCGGACAGUACAUUGAAAAUAAUCAUGACCCGUUUAUGCCAUAUCCACGAAGUUCAGUGUUGCACCAGGCUUCUUGUUCUUGUAUUCAUUGUUAUGAGAAACAGCAGCGAGUUUCAGAAACUAUUCAUCCCGGUUCAUUUGGCAAUAAAAGGUUCCAUGAUGUGCCUGGUAACCCAUUGUACCAUAUUGACAACCCUGGAUCUUUUGGUUCGCGUUUCCAUAGUUCUAGAACUACAGUUGCCUCAUUGAAUGCGCACGGUACACAAGCUUAUACUAGAUGGCCCAGUGAUAUUAACUCGGAAAUGGAUGGUUUUACUCAUUGCCGUCCCCAGAGGGUAGUGUUAGCCAGUGGUGGGCACCAUAUUCGUCCUAUAGCUGGUGGUGCUCCAUUUAUAACAUGUUAUAAUUGUUUCGAAUUGCUACAAGUGCCCAAGAAACUGCAGCUCAUGGUAAGCAAUGAACAUAAAUUGCGGUGUGGAGCUUGCUCAACUGUGAUAAACUUUACUGUCAUCAACAAGAAAAUCGUUCUUCGUGAUCAUGCAGAAACAAAGGGAAAUUCUGUAGAUAUUGAUGAUAACUCUAAUGAAGGCCAUGUCAACAGAGUUGCUACUAACUUCUCUGAUGACUAUGAUCAAUCAGGUUAUGAUUUUCAGCCAAUGGACAGAGAACCUGUGGCAGUGUCAACUGGCCAAGCAUUGAACUCGGUCAGAUCUCAGGAAAUGCAAAGUUUCCAUUCUUCAUCUCCAAGCACCUCCGAGGACGAAAACGGUCCAGCUGUUUUAAUUGCUUCAAGAGACAAAGUAAGUUCUGCUCCGCAGCCAACCAAAUCUACUUUGUCUCCACCACCUGCAGGGUCGCCUCUUCAAGAGCACUUUGAUUACUCUUCUACUAAUCAUGUAGCCAACCGUUUUGGGAAGGGAAAUCGUAGUAGCCGCUCUGAUCAAGAGAAAGUUGUGUCAAACAAGGGUACCACACGACAAAAUUCUUUAAAAGAGGCAUUGCCUACUGAGAUGGAGGUGUCAUUCAAUGAGUAUUCUAAUACUGGGAUUUCUCAAGAUUCAGGGGAUGCAACUAGAGAAGACGAUCAACCAAAGAUGGCAAAAGGAGGCGAAUCAUUUUUCGCAAAUAUUAUCAAGAAGAGUUUUAAGGAUUUCUCAAGAUUUAAUCAAACCGAGGAACAAGCGAAAAGUAAUAUUUCAGUUAACGGUCACCCUCUUCCUGAAAGGGUGGUUAAAAAAGCCGAGAAGAUGACUGGAACAAUUCUUCCUGGACACUAUUGGUAUGAUUUCCGAGCUGGAUUCUGGGGUGUUCUCGGUGGGCCUUGUCUUGGCAUAGUUCCUCCUUUUAUCGAAGAACUUAAUUAUCCGAUGCCGGAAAAUUGUUCUGGUGGGACCACCGGUGUUUUUGUAAAUGGGAGAGAACUCCAUCAGAAAGAUCUAGGUUUGCUUGCUAGUAGAGGGCUUCCGACGGACAGAGAUCGAUCGUACAUCAUUGAGAUAUCAGGCAGAGUUCUGGAUGAGGACACUGGUGAAGAGCUAGAUAGCCUUGGCAAACUUGCCCCAACAGUCGAGAAAGCAAAGCGCGGUUUUGGCAUUAAAGCUCCGAGAGCAGCUGCAUAAUGAAUUUGUAAUGAUCAUGGCAGAAAUAGCCGUCGCAGUAAUCGGUUAAAACUCUGAUUACUGAAGUCUGAAUGAAUGUUUCUCUACCGACUAUGGGUUGUUUGAUGUUGGAUUGUUUCUUAAGCCAUUGGUAAACAUCCUAAAUUUAUUGCGUUC